UUUAAGAACAGGUGAAGCUGGUAUACAGUGCAUACUGUCUCUGCUAUAUACUGAGAUGAAGAGGGACUUCAUUCAGCUCCUGACGCUGCUUCUUACUGUCCAGUGUGUUUUUUCCCUGGAAAGUAGCGAAUGCAAAGCACCAAGAUGUGACUUUGUGUGCGACUGCACCGACUGCAGCGAUGAGCAGGACUGUGGUUAUCGGGGGAGAGAUUUUGUGUGUGAUUUUGAGGACGCAAGGACAUGUGGAUGGACAGAUAAGUCGGCUGUAGGUAAUGCGUACGUGUGGGAAAGACGUCAGAGUGGAAACCCGCUGCCCAACAGCGGCCCCACCUCUGACUUCACCAUCGGCACAUCAGCAGGUUGGUUCAUGGCAGUAAGUGCAGUGAAUGCACAGUCUCCAAGAACAGCUGUCCUGACAUCUCCCACAAUGCAACAGUCCUCCCCGAGCUGUCGCCUUCAUCUCCGCUACUUUAUGUGGGACUCAAGUUUGACCAUUCUAGAAGACAGCCCUCUUUGGGCAGAAGUGUGGACUCCUGAGGGUCAGAAUGCUCUGGUGUGGAGACCGGAGAGCUCAAGUGUCCGUGCAUGGAAGGAAGGCAUCAUCUUCUUGGGACGCAUACCUGGCCCUUUUCAGAUCCAGAUACACUCACGGCGUCAAGGUGGGAGGAGUGGAGACAUAGCGAUCGAUCAGCUGGAGUUCAUGGACUGUGCACUUCCAGCUCCUGUAGGCACUGGAGGCUGCAAGGUAGGCUUUUUCCAGUGUAAACAGGGAGGCUGUGUGGAAGAACGUGCAGUGUGUGAUGGCACAGAUGAUUGCGGAGAUGGAACAGAUGAGGAGAAUUGCGCAGGGUAUAUGAGUUGUAACUUCGAGGAAGAUAUGUGUGCAUGGGACAUAAGGUCUAUUCCAGGCUUUAAGUGGAUUUGGACCAGUCAGAUGAAUAUCUCCAUGUCUGAGCCUCUUAGAGGCCCUGGGAGAGACCAUUCCACCAAUUCUGCUAAAGGUCAUUUCCUGUAUGUUACGAAACCAAAUGAGCUAAAGCGGGAUUGGGCAUCAUUUCAAAGUCAUCCUCUGGAGCCCACCAAUAGCUCACAUCCUUGCCGUAUGGUGAUGUACACACACCAGUUUGGUGGCGUAUCAGGGGGCCUAGCAGUGCUGGUGGCAGAGAGACAGAUUUACCCAGUGUGGGAGCGUGGGGGCUCACUGGGUGAUCUGUGGGUUAAGGCUGAGAUAGAGUUUGUAGUCAACAGCGAAUUUCAGAUAUUGUUUGUUGCUGCGAUUAGAGACCAAGCAUAUGGAGGCAUUGCAGUUGAUGAUAUUACGCUGUCUCCUGAAUGCCGUUUGACUAAUAAUUCAGUAAAACCAGAGUCUUUUCCUAAACCUCCCAAAAAACCCUGUGCAGAGGCCAGCAAGAUUUGUGACUUUACCAGGGACUGCACAGAGGAAGAGGAUGAAGCACAGUGUGGAGACUUUUCAUAUAAGCAGGGUAUCAAGGGUUGGACAGACACCAGUAUCGGAAGUCAAGGCUGGAAUAGGUUGGAAAAUACCUCAUCUUCAGAGGUGUUUUUAUAUGUGGCUGAAGCUGCUGGUCAGCAGCUGACAGAAGCUCAAACACGCACCCCUUUACUCGGCCCGUCCGGCCUCGCCUGCACUCUCCAGUUCUCCUACAGUCUCACAGGCUACAACACACACAUAGGUGAAGUGUCUGUAAUCGUAGUGGACAGCGUGUUGGGCUCUCUGCCUCGGCUGUGGGAGUUUGGUGGGAGGACAGGUGAAAACCCAACUGAAUCAUGGGUAAAAGAGGAGGUCUAUAUUGGUGCCAGAGAUCGUCGGUUCCAGCUGGAAUUCAGAGCUCAUGCUCAAACUCUUACCUCAGAGGCAAGAAUAGCAGUGAAGGAUGUUCAUUAUGUCAACUGCAACCCAGAGUAUAUUCCCUUAACUAAUGAUGGACUAUCGUGUAACUUUGAGACUGACUUAUGUGGAUGGUACCAAGAUCAAAUGGACAACUAUGACUGGAGUGUUCAGAAUGGCGGUGACCACACUAUUGGAGUUGGUAAAAGCCUGGUGGUUGAUAUGUGGAACACGAAAUUAAGGGGUCUCUCUGGUCGUCUUCUUUCACUCCGCCAGAACUCAAUGGAUGCACACUGUCUCUUAUUCUUCUAUAAACUCUACGGCCCUCAAACAGGUGCACUCAAUGUUAAAAUGCUUUUCAAAGACGGAUCAGAGCAGCUGUUAUGGACCCGGUUCGGGUCACACGGAAAUGUUUGGCACGAAGGACAGUGUCCAGUGCCUCAACAAAUUAUUUCCUACCAGUUAGUGUUUGAAGCAGUGCGCUCAGGUUUUGAUGGACAGGUGGCUAUCGAUGACGUGGCAUUUGUAAAAGGCCCAUGCUCUCUGCCGUCUAUGUGCUCAUUUGAGGGUCAGCGCUGUGGCUACACUAACAAUAGAGAUGGCCUCUGGGUUCACCAGGCUUGGCAUGCAACAAGGAUUGGCCCUAAGACAGACCACAGUCUUGAGACAGAGAUGGGUUACUACAUGCUGGCCCACAGUGGUGCGAACGUCCUUCCACAGGGCAGUGUGACGACUCUGAACUCUCCUGUACGCCGUGGUGUGACUCACACUGAGUGUGUCUAUUUCUGGUACAACAUGGUGGGACAAAACCCAGGUUCUUUGAGUGUAUAUGUAAAGCCUGCUGAUGGGGAAAGGAUCCUGCUCUUCUCUAACAGUCUGGAUCAGGGAGAAGUCUGGCGCCUUGGCAUGGGCAAUGUUAGUUGCCAUGGAGACUGGCAGUUGCAGUUUGAGGUGCAGGGAGGAGGAGGAGAAGACACUUAUGUUGCUAUUGAUGACAUCAGCUUCUCAACUCAUAUCUGUCCUACAACAGACAUAGUAUGUGAUCUUGAGCAUGGUCUAUGUGGAUGGAGCAACAGUCAGAGCCACCAUCUGGACCAGUUAGACUGGGAGCUAAGCAACCUGUUGUCUGAAACACACUACUCCACCCCACCACAUGACCACACACUGCAAAAUGAGAGAGGUCACUUCCUUUUCCUUCCACACACUCCACGAGACUCUGCUGGCUAUAAUGCCUGGUUGCUGAGCCGACAUCUUCCUCCUACCAAAGGCACCUGCCUGUAUUUUUGGGUUUAUCAGCCUGUUUCUGAUGACAGCAAAUUGGUUGUGUGGAGGCUCUCCAACGGGGCCAAAACUGAACUUUUUAGCCUCACAGGGGCUGAAGGAACAUGGAUGCCUUUCAGAUUAAAUGUAUCUUCGGAGACUGAGUACCAAAUUGUGUUUGAGGGACUUAAAGGAACAAAGGGUGUUCUUGCUUUGGAUGACUUUGGCUACACUGUUGGCAUCAACUGUGUUGGAGAGCAGACAGACCAGAUAAGUUUAUCAUCACCUAACAACACAGGAGUCAUUGCUGCAUCUGUGCUAGUAGCCAUUCUGCUGAUGGUAACACUAGCUGUGUUACUGUUUCUAUACCUAAGGAUGCGUGAGCGUACCAAUUCUCAGAGACAGGACUCAAGUGGUCAUGAGACUCAUACAGGCUUUACAAAUGAUCUGUAUGAACCCAAUCAUGUUGUUUUACCUUCCAUCUAUAGUCAGGAGCAUGAGCGGAGUGUAUGAUUGCGCAACAUGAUGAAGGGACUAAGAUGUUAAACCCUUUUGAAGUUAAAAAAGGGAUAUUGGUGAGGAUUUAACUGAUGUUUUAUUCAUUAACACAUGAUGUUGGUCUGGGCUGCUGAGAUUGGUAGUAUGUGAGUGGGCCCAGGGCAUACUUUUAGUAAAGAAGGCAAGAGCUAGAGGAUAUUAGUAAUGAACAGAACAGUAAAAUAAUAUUUAUAUUCUUAUACAGUCUAUUACUGAUAGAAUAGUCUAUUACUGAUUAGUAUUAUUACUAGUAGUAAUACUAGUACUAACCGUCCUAAUGGUUAAAAACUCAUUGCGGUGCAUAAUCUGACAAGACGUAUACAAAUACAGUUCUAAAAGUUAAUGCACAAACAUAAAGAACUCAUUUAAUGCUGUUUGAAUGAACAUUUUAAAGUGUUUACAUUUUAAAAGCAAGGAUUCAUCAUUAGCCUUCGAGGUUUGAACUUUAAAAUGACUGUAUAUGCAAAAUGUGACCUGUGCUAACUAGCUGUCUGAGUGCUUACAACAAAAGAACUAAAUUCAGUAAAAUAUAUCAUGUGAUUUUGGCAAUCUUUCAUUGUUAAAACCCUUUUUUACAUAUUUGUAAUAUGUAACAAACCACUGAUUAAAAGUAAUAAAUUGUACACCAUUUUUAA